AUGCGUCUCGACCUUUGGGCAUCCACAUCCCCACCUGUUCGGACCCUGAAGCCUCCGCUCUUCUCGACUGAAGCGAAGUCUGAGGGGAUCUCCCUGUGCAUCCUCUUCGUGCUCUCAAAGAUGGGUGUCGUCGACGCCAUCAGCCAGAGUCAGGAGAAGCUACUUUUGAGCUUCGCCACCGAGAAGGAGAAGCUUAUGCUGGAAAAGGCUGAGAGUUGCGGACGGCGCCGGCGACCUUCCACGGAGGAAACAUGCGGCGGUUCCAUCGUCGGGUCUUCCGCCGGCUGCGUUUGCGUGCUGUGGUGUCAAGUGAUUGUUGGAAGCAGGUGUGGAGGAUGUCUCAAGUCGCUUUUGCUUCGAGUCUUCAACUGUUUUCAUUUGCGCCGGUUUGUUGGGAUGGCCACGUGA